CCCCCGCCCCCCCCGCGCGCCGGACGACGGAGGGCGGAGCCGAGCCCCGCAGCGCCCCGCAGAGCGGCGCGGGAGGCUCGCGGCCGGCCUUCGCCGCAGGAAGUAGAGUUCUUGACAUCUUUUAUCCAAGAACCUAGGGUGAAGAGGUUGUACAAUGCGAAGACAUAAUCUGCAAGGUGUUCAAACUUCUGACUUGGUCAUCAAAUAUUAAUGGAAAAAAAACAAAAACAAAAAACAACCCUGAUUAAUUAACAUAAUUCUGGCAGAUUGUUGGUUGUUUUUUUUUCCUUCAAUUCUUUGGUGUUUGAUGAGGAGAAAUUCAAGGAAGAUUUCAAGGAAUGGAGUUAGCUCACAGUUUACUACUCAAUGAAGAAAAGUAUAACCAGCUUGAUGAACAUCAAAAAGCAGAGUUCAUUUUUGAAUGGUUGCAGUAUUUGGAAAAGCUUUUACCAGUUACUAGCAGGACUGAUAUAAAAGAAAACCAGAAGAAACUGGUUGAACAAUUGACUUCUUUAUUAAACAAUUCACCAGGACCCCCUACCAGGCGGCUUGUUGCCAAGAAUUUAGCUGUACUUUAUAGCACUGGAGACACUUUUUCUGUUUAUCAAACAAUUGAAAAAUGUAAUGAACUCAUUCGGAGUAAAGAUGAUUCACCAAGUUAUCUGCCUACAAAACUUGCUGCGGUGGUAUGCUUGGGCUAUUUAUACAAAAAAUUGGGAAGAAUUUUGGGAAACAGUUUUACUGACACCGUUGGGAAUGUGCUUAAAGCAAUGAAGAAUGCAGAGUCUCAAGGUCGUUAUGAAAUCAUGCUUAGUUUACAAAAUAUGUUGAAGGGUUUAGGAGCUGCUGCUAUCUCUUGUCACAGAGAUAUUUACAAGGCUGCCCGAUCAUGCCUGACAGAUCGAUCCAUGGCAGUCCGCUGUGCUGCUGCAAAGUGUCUUCUAGAACUUCAGAAUGAAGCAGUAUUUAUGUGGAGUACGGAUCUGGAUAGCAUUGUGACUUUGUGUUUUAAAUCUUUUGAAGGUUCUAAUUAUGAUGUACAUUUAGCAGUUUCAAAACUUUUAGGCACAGUACUGGCUAGAGCUUUAACAUCUAAGCAGGCAACAGUAUCCACCAAGCAUAACUCCCGCAGAAUCUCUUUGGAGGAAGUGAUGGAGCUCUUAGGAACUGGAUUUCUGCGUGGAAGUUAUGGAUUUCUACGAGCCAGUGGUGAUAUGCUGAAAGGGACCAGCUCAGUCAGCAGAGAUGUUAGGGUUGGAGUCACACAGGCAUAUGUGGUAUUUGUCUCUACAUUAGGAGGACAGUGGCUUGAAAGGAACUUCUCUGCCUUCCUUUCUCAUAUUCUAGAUCUUGUUUCUCAGUCUCACCCUAAGGCUAUUCAGAAUCAGAUGGAGGCUAUCGGCUGUCGCUGCUGUGUUUCAUUUAUCCUUCGAGCUACAGUAGGAGGCCUUCUUGGGGAAAAAGCUCAAAUUGCAGCUGCCAAGGAGAUUUGUCAGGCCAUCUGGAAACUGAAGAAAGUUGUGGAUGCUUCAGUGAGUGACAGUAACUUGGAGACACGAAUUAGUACAACAGAUGUAAUGAGAAGUCAGCAUGUGCUUGUGUGUGCGCUUCAAGAACUUGGGAGUCUCAUCCAUGGCUUAGGAACUACAGCAGCACCAUUACUACAGGACUCCAGUACAGGAGUUCUGGAUGCAGUAAUUUCUGUCAUCCUUCAUCCCAGCAUUCCAGUUAGACUCACAGCAGCUUGGUGUUUACGCUGUAUUGCAAUAGCAUUGCCCUCCUACGUGUCUCUACUGUUGAAUCGUUGCAUUGAACGUCUGAACGCAUUGAAAUCCUCCCCAGAAGCAAUAACUGGCUUCAGUUUUGCUAUUGCUGCUUUACUGGGUGCAGUAAAACACUGUCCUCUGGGAAUUCCACAUGGAAAAGGGAAGGUAAUCAUGACACUAGCAGAAGAUUUGCUGUGUUCUGCUUCUCAGAACAGUCGCCUUUCAGUACAGCGAACGCAGGCUGGAUGGCUUUUAAUAGCAGCCCUCAUGACGUUAGGUCCUGCAGUUGUCCAAUACCACCUUCCACGGAUACUUUUACUGUGGAAGUGUGUCUUUCCAUCAUCUCCUAAAGACCUAGAAACAGAGAAGACGCGAGGAGAUUCGUUUACAUGGCAGGUAACUCUGGAAGGCCGUGCUGGUGCUCUCUGUGCAAUCAAAAGCUUCGUUUCCCACUGUGCUGGUCUUCUUACAGAUGAAGUUCUUCAGAGACUUCUUCCUCCUCUCCCAAGUGCUGUUGAUUUAUUGACACAGCUUUCUUCAAUCUCUAAGUCUUACGGAAAUUCUUUAAAAACAUCAUCAACAGUUUACAGACAUAAACUUUAUGAAUUACUGGCAGUAUUGCCUCCAAAAAUGUAUGAAGGAAGUUUCCAUGCUGUUCUGAAAGAGUUAGUGGUGGACUUAACUAUACCAGAUAGCCAGAUAGAUGCCUCUACAUUCUUGCUUCCACCCCUUUGUCAUGAGGAUGAUCUCCUUUUACUUGGUCCCUUACUGCAGGAGACUGACCACCAAUUUAUUGAAGAGCAGCUCCUUUUAGGUAACAACGUAGCUGGAGGCAGCCUGGAAUAUGACCCUUACUCCAUAUAUGAGAAACUUGCAAAACGUGAUUCAGUACCUAAACCACUACCUCCCACAUUGUCUGUAAUUGGUGCAGCAACUGGUCUUUUUGGAGUUAUAUUUUGCCAUAUAGCAGAAACUCACAGACUCCAAGUGUUAGAACAGUUGUUGAAUUCUAUAAAGCAAACAAAAGGAUCACGACAGCAACUAGUGCAAUUAAAUGUUGUGUCAGCCUUUUCUACGUCUUUAAAGCACUUGGCUAACUGCAAGGGAAGUUUAGGUCCAGAAGAAGUUAGAAGAUCUGCCCUGGCAUUGGUUCUGAGUGCCUUGGAAAGCAAUAAUCCACUUCUAAGGUGUGCUGCUGCAGAGAGUUGGGCCAGGUUGGCUCAGGUGGUUUCUGACAAUGCCUUUACUGCUGGAUUAGCACAAGUUAGUUUUGACAAGCUAAAAUCUGCUAGAGAUGUGGUAUCAAGAACAGGUCACUCUUUGGCAGUGGGGUGUCUGUAUAGAUACUUAGGAGGAAUAGGUUCUACUCAGCACCUGAAUGCAUGUGUUGGAAUCCUUUAUACUUUAUCUCAGGACAGUACUUCUCCUGAUGUACAGGCAUGGGCACUACACUCUCUGUCUCUGAUAGUAGAUUUAGCUGGCCCCUUGUACUAUGUGCAUGUGGAACCUACCUUAUCUCUUGUUCUCAUGUUGCUGCUGACUGUGCCUCCUACAUACACUGAAGUUCACCAAAGCCUUGGUCGCUGUUUAAAUGCACUUAUUACCACACUGGGCCCUGAGUUGCAAGGCAGCAGUGCUGCAGUUUCAGCCUUAAGAACUUCCUGUCUCCUGGGCUGUGCAGUGAUGCAAGAUAAUCCUGACUGCCUUGUUCAGGCUCAAGCCAUCUCUUGCCUUCAGCAGCUUCACAUGUUUGCUCCUCGACACGUCAACUUGUCCAGCCUUGUAAGCUGCCUAUGUGAAAUCUUGUUGGAUAAUUCUGUGUUGGUGAAUCUCUGUAGCUCAUACUUGUUAUUGAGACGUGCAGCAGUAGCUUGCUUGCGGCAGCUUGUGCAAAGAGAAGCUGCUGAGGUAUCAGAAUACGCUGUUGCAUUAGUUAAAGAGAGCAGAGAAGACUUUACUCCAGAUAUUAAUAUCAGAGAAAUAGGCCUGGAGGGGGCAUUGCUGGGCUUGCUGGACAAAGAACUGGAUCAAAGAUUGUGCCAGGAUAUCAAAGAGACUCUGAGUCAUAUGCUUACUUCAAUGGCAGUUGAGAAACUCUCUUUUUGGCUGAAGCUUUGUAAAGAUGUUCUUGCUGCCUCAGCUGAUUUAAAUACAGUAGCAUCAAUAGAUACCACUCAAGAAGAAGAAACUGCCAAAGUGGAUGAUGCAUCCAUAUUAACAUCUGAAAGUGACGAGAGAUUCCAUCCUUUCAGUAAUCCACGGUGGUCCACCAGGGUUUUUGCUGCAGAAUGUGUUUGUAAAAUUAUAAACCAGUGUGAAAAUGCAGGUAGUGCCCACUUUGACAUGACUUUGGCUCAGGAAAGGAAACAACGUGAUUCGAGAGAUGACUUUUUAGUAUUGCAUUUAGCUGACUUGAUCCGAAUGGCUUUUAUGGCUGCCACAGAUCAUAGUGAUCAACUUCGUCUUUCUGGGCUUCAAACAUUGCAAAUUGUUGUUAGGAAGUUUGCAACUGUUCCAGAACCAGAGUUUCCAGGUCAUCUAAUUCUGGAGCAAUAUCAAGCCAAUGUUGGAGCAGCACUUAGGCCUGCCUUUGCUCCAGAAACUCCUCCUGAUGUCACAGCAAAAGCAUGUCAGGUGUGCAGUGCCUGGAUAGCAAGUGGUGUAGUAAGUGAUCUCAAUGAUCUUCGAAGGGUUCAUCAGUUGCUUGUAUCCUCUUUGGUCAAAGUGCAAGCUGGGAAGGAGACACAAAGUCAACAGUAUAAUGAAAGCACCUCAACUAUGGAGACGUUGGCUGUGCUGAAGGCCUGGGCAGAGGUUUACAUAGUUGCAAUUGAAAAGCAAAAAAAUCGAAGUGAUUUGCACAAUUACUCCUUGAAAACUGCGAAUUCUGCAGAAGAAAGCUACCGAGAUGUAACAUCUUCAGCCAGUGGUCUUGUGGACUUAGUGCAGGCAGAUCUUGGAACACUGAGCAAACUCUGGCUUGCUGCACUUCAGGAUUUUGCUCUCUUAAAUUUGCCUUCAGAAUAUGCAUCACAACUGCCCGCUGAAGGUGGUGCAUUUUAUACGGCAGAGACCAUAGAAAGUGCCAGACCUCAUUACUACAGCUCCUGGGCUCUGAUACUUUAUGCUACAGCAUUAUGGCUUACUAGCACAGGUUUCAUUGUUGUGGAUCCAGAUGAAGGAGUUGCUAAUCUCUCUAGACCUGUCACCCCAACUACAAUGUGUCAAGAUUCUUCUACCAGACCCUCAAUAAAAUCUCCUGAGGAUGUGAAUACUGACAGGUUUCAUCUUAUUUUGGGAAUUAGUGUGGAAUUUCUCUGCUCUCCUCGAUCAGAUGCAGCAAUGGAGAACAUUAUUGCCUGCUUACAUGCCCUGCAGGCUCUGUUUGAUGUUCCCUGGCCAAGAUCUAAAAUAGGUGGUGAUCAGGAGUUGGCUGUAGAGCUGCUGAAUGUUUUGCAUCGACUGAUACUGACCAGAGAAUCACCUGAUAUUCAGCUUGCUGCCCUUGAAGUUGUUCGUCUGAUUCUUUUUGCAGCUCAGGAACAUGUGAAGGAAAAGCGGAGAAGUGCGGAAGUUGAUGAUGGUGCUGCAGAAAAGGAAACGCUACCUGAAUUUGGAGAAGGCAAAGAUACAGGAGGACUGGUGCCUGGAAAGUCCUUGGUCUUUGCAACACUGGAGUUGUGUGUUUGUAUUCUUGUCAGACAGCUUCCCCAGCUCAACCCUAAAUUGACUUGUAGCCCUGCAGUUCAAUCAGGAAAACAUCUGUUACUAUCAGAAGAUGGAAGUAGGCUGGUAUCAGCAGCAUUACUAAUUCUCUCUGAUGUUCCUGCAAUCUGCUCUCCUGAAGGAAGUGUUUCAGUUCUUCCUACUAUUUUGUACCUAAUUAUUGGUGUACUUAAAGAAACUGCAGUCAAAGAGCAAGAUGGCCAGCUGCCUUUGCCAGUUGCUGCAUCUCUACAAGCUCUUAAAGGGCUUCUGUCUUCACCAAUGGCUCGAGCAGAGAAGAGUCGGACUGCAUGGACAGAUCUUCUGCGCAGUGCUUUGGUCACUGUACUCGACUGUUGGGAUCAAGCAGAUGGUCUUCUCAGAGAACUCGAUGAAAUGAGCCUGCUGACCGCUAUCACAGUGUUCAUUCUGUCCACCAGCCCAGAAGUUACUACCAUAGAGUGCCUUCAAAAGCGUUGUAUUGACAAGUUUAAAGUAACACUUGAGUCAAAAGAUCCUGUUGUACAGUAUAAAUGCUACCAGCUACUGCACUCCGUCUUUCAGCAUCCAAACAAAACUGUGUCAUACCCUUAUAUUCACUCUUUGGCAUCAUCCAUUGUGGGAAAAUUGCAGGAAACAGAAAAAUCAAAACCUGAAAAUGCUGCAGAACUUCAGGUUAUUCAGGAGGGAAUCAAGGUGGUAACAGCUCUUACAGCUGCUGCUGAGGAAGAGCACCGUGCUCAUCUGGUGACCUGCCUUCUUCCCAUCCUUAUUUCCUUUCUUUUGGAUGAAAAUGCCCUGGGUUCUGCUACAAGCACAGCAAAAAAUCUGCAUGAGUUUGCUUUGCAAAAUCUGAUGCAAAUUGGUCCACAGUACUCAUCAGUUUUUAAAAAAUUAAUGGCUUGCUCUCCGACCAUGAAAGCCAGGCUCGAGUCAGCUGUAAAAGGCAAUCAAGAAAGCAUCAAAGUGAAGACUGCUAAACUUACAAAGAAUCCUGGGAAAAGUUCGAGCAUUCAGCUGAAGACCAACUUUCUUUGAAGUCUCCCAUUUGCACUUUGAUAUCAGCAGCAAAAAAUACUCCUUUUAAUUUCUAAACAAAGGAUUUUUGUGAGUUGUUCUCAUAUAUUUUUCAGUUUGCACUGAAAAAUUAUAGAAAUCUUUUAAGAGAAAACAGAACUCUAGGUGACUGCCUGUUAGUUUAGCAGGCAAUAGUCGAUAAACAAUAUGAAUAGGACUAUCAGAAAUAAUCUAAUCUGUGUUUCUGGAUUAAAGUACCAGAAAAGUACAUGCCUAUAUUAAAAGUCUUUAGUGAACUUUAUGAUAGAUAUAUUUAGGAGCGGCCCACAAUUAGCCAAAAAGUAAAAUUUAAUUUUGUUUUAAACUGAUGUUUCUCAAAAAUAAAUUACCUAAAUCAUUUUUUGGAUGCAACUGGGAUAUAAAUUUACUUGCAGGUGGUAAUGUAUCUUAAUUACUAAUUUAACACACUGAAUUAUUGAGUAAGCAGAUUAAAUAUCCUUUUAAGCCUUACAAUAAAUUAUUGUUGAUCUCAAAAAAAAAAAAAAAAUCAGUGAAGGUAAUAUUAAUAGCUGUAAUCUGAAUAACUUCUUGAGCUGGCCAAUGCUUAACAAAUGCUGUUAAAUACAGCUUUACAGUACUUCUUCACUGAGGACUCAGUAGUGCUUUAAACUGUGGGGCUGUUGUGCAUCUGUUAGCAUUUGCAGGCUUGGUGCCUUGCUGCUUGGCAUAGUCUCACUUUUCAGGAUGUAUACUUGUGUUAAUUCUGUACUGCAUUAGCCAGGCAAUUGAAGCUCUAAUAUCUUGUCCAUGAUGGGACAGCAACUUUAAUAUACUGUGCCUCAAUUCAGACAUCUAUUCUACCUGGAUGUGUGUUUCCUGAUCUUUAAAUGAUCAAAUAUAUACACACAUCACAUAAAUCUAUGCAUCCCUGCAAUGAGAGCUGGAUGUACCUGAAGUCAGCUUGUCUUGUGUCAAAUGAAGUACAACAAACUCGUAAUAAGAAGUAUUUAAUUAACAUUUUUAUUAAGGAACAUAUUUUAAUAUAGAGAAAUAACUAUUAAAAAUUGCAAUGGCUAUAAAAUAUUUUCUACAUAUAGUAAUGAUUUUUUUCUUAAUACCAGUAUUGUCUAAACCAAACACUAUUAAACUGAGGAUAGUAUUUCCCUCUUGAUUCUAAUUACUUUUGAAAAAAAAAUAAAAUAAAAAGGAGAGGGAUCUGAGAAACACACUGUGACUCAGGAAAAGUGUGAUGUACUGUAUUUUAUUAAGUCUUGUAUAUAAAUAUAAUUGUAAAUUGUACAGAAUUAACCAUUUGACCAAAGCUCUAACAAUUCAUUUUUCUAAUUUACAUAAAUAAAGCUAAUUUUCUUCAUUUAA